AUGAAGAAAUCGACCCCAAAGUACGUGCCUCAGAAGCUGAAGCGCAACGAGAGGGAGCGGAAACGUGUUGAUCAGGUUAGAUAUUUCUUUUUUUUUAUGAUUUUUUGAAUUUUCUGUAUUUUUUGAAAUCGGGUUUUUUUUUCGUGUAGUAGGGGUUCAAACAUUUUGUCAAAAAAAAAUUUUUUUUUUUGAUGAGAUUUUUCUUUUUUUUAGUUUUUUUCUUAUAACUUUCUGAAUUUUUGCUCAUUUUAUAACAUAAGAGAGUUCAUUUGAAAACCUUAACUUGACGAUUUUUUUGUUCAUUUUUUUGUUGUAAGCCUUGAAGUUUCAUUGAUUACUUUAUUUUUUGAUAGAAAUAUUUUUAAAAAAUUGAUAAAAUUUGAAGUCGAAUGAUUGUGGAAAGUAUGCCAAAAGACUGUGUGAAAAAAAUUUCGAAGGGACGAUUUUUCAUAUUGAUUAAAAUUAUCGAUUUCGAUGAGAAAAAAAUCGAACAAAAAAAUGACUCAAACUGAAAUUUCGAAUUUUUUUGAAUCUUUUUAAUUUUUAAUUUUUGUGAUUUUUUUCGAUUUUUUUAUAGUGACAGCUUACCUUUAUUAAUUGAAAAAAAAGUGUUUUAUGAUUAUUUUUCUGUUUCUUGUACUGUUUAAAAAAAAAAACUGUUUAUUGCAUCUUCAAUGUAAGAAUACAAGUUUCGUGAACCUUUCCACUCAAUAUUGUCAUUUUUCCAGGUGAACCAAGGGUUCAACCGCCUCCGAGACCGAGUCCCACGUCAACCCGGCUGCAAGCAAAAGCUCUCAAAAGUUGAAACCCUCCGAGAAGCCGCCAGGUACAUCCAAUACCUGCAAACGGUGCUCGGCGAUGACGUCACCUCGGCCUUCUGCGCCCAGACGUCCCAACACCUCCCGCCGCCGACGUCGUCGGCUCCCACGUCUUCUUCCUCUCACUACCACCAUCCCCAUAGUUUGAACUAUUCGACGUCCACCUCCACCUCCCCCUACUACGAUACUCCAAAUUACGGCCUGGCUCCCCUCCAAAAACACUCCCCCAAUUCAAGUUUUUACAGCGAUUCUUCUUAUAGUUCAUAUGAUGACGUUAAGUAUUCUGGUUAUAUGCAGUGA